UGUGUUCACAGAUGGCUUACCGGACAAGUUUUCAAUGAAUACUCUGGGUAUUUACAACCAAAUGCCCAAAUUUACGGCAGUCAUGGAUAUAAUUCGUCUAUUAUGGAUAAUAAGGGUUGUGUGGGCUGUUGAAGAUGUGUUGAUGGACUCCACGACGGCGACAGCAGAGCUGGGCUGGACGAUAUAUCCGUCGCUGGGGUGGGAGGAAGUGAGCGGUUAUGACGAAAACAUGAACACCAUCCGGACAUACCAGGUGUGCAACGUCUUUGACGCAAGCCAGAACAACUGGGUUCGCACCAAAUACAUCCGGCGACGAGGAGCCCAGCGGAUACACGUGGAGAUGAAGUUCUCAGUAAGAGACUGCAGCAGCAUCCCCAAUGUCCCUGGUUCUUGCAAGGAGACAUUUAAUCUUCACUAUUUUGAAUCUGACUCUGACGUAGCCACCAAGGUGUAUCCUGCCUGGAUGGAGAACCCUUGGAUCAAGGUGGACACCAUUGCGGCCGAUGAGAGUUUCUCCCAGGUUGAUCUUGGUGGGCGUGUAAUGAAGAUCAACACUGAAGUACGCAGCUUCGGGCCCGUGUCCCGUGAUGGCUUCUACUUGGCCUUUCAGGAUUAUGGCGGUUGCAUGUCACUCAUUGCUGUGAAGGUUUUUUAUCGUAAAUGCCCCCGAAUUAUUCGCAAUGGGGCCGUCUUUCAGGAAACGUUAUCAGGGGCAGAGAGCACCUCUCUUGUGUCGUCUAGGGGAACUUGUAUACCAAAUGGAGAGGAAGUAGAUGUUCCUAUUAAACUGUACUGUAAUGGAGAUGGGGAGUGGUUGGUACCCAUCGGACGCUGUGUGUGCAAGGCAGGGCAUGAGUCUGUGGAUAAUGGGACCGUGUGUAAAGCAUGUCCUUCUGGAUUCUUCAAAGCAUCUCAAGGGGACCAGCUAUGUCUCCAGUGUCCAUUCAACAGCCGCACCACCAAUGAGGGAGCCAUCAACUGCGUGUGCCGCAACGGAUACUACCGAACGGAUUCUGACCCUCUCGAGAUGCCCUGCACCACCAUGCCUUCUGCACCCCAGAAUGUGAUCUCCAGUGUGAACGAGACCUCUCUGCGUCUGGAGUGGGAAUCUCCUAAGGAGUCCGGUGGACGGGAAGACGUGGUCUACAACAUCAUCUGCAAGAGCUGUGGCUCAGGUCGAGGAGCCUGCACCCGCUGUGGAGACAACGUGCAGUUCGUGCCCCGCCAGCUGGGCUUAACCGAGCCCCGGGUCCAUAUCAGCGACCUGCUGGCCCACACUCAGUACACUUUCGAGAUCCAGAGUGUGAAUGGAGUUUCUGAUCAGAGCCCUUUCUCACCUCAGUUUUCCUCCGUUAACAUCACCACAAACCAGGCUGCUCCAUCUGUUGUGUCCAUCACGCAUCAGGUCAGUCGGACUGUGGACAGUAUCACAUUGUCCUGGUCCCAACCAGACCAGCCCAACGGAGUCAUUUUGGAUUACGAGCUGCAAUAUUAUGAGAAGAAUACGGCCGAGUCAAACGCCUCUCUUCUGCGAAGUCUGACUAACACAGCUGUUAUCCGGGGCCUGAAGCAAGGAACCAUCUACGUGUUUCAGGUGCGGGCCCGCACAGUGGCAGGCUUUGGGCGCUUCAGUGGAAAGAUGUACUUCCAAACAAUGACUGAAGAGGAAUAUAACUCCAGCCUGCAGGAAAAACUGCCCCUUAUUAUUGGCUCGGCUGCUGCUGGCGUUGUUUUUCUCAUCGCAGUGGUUGUGCUCAUUAUCGUCUGUAAUCGCAGAGGCGGUGACAGGACAGAUUCCGAAUACACAGACAAACUUCAGCAUUACACCAGCGGCCACAUGGCUCCAGGAAUGAAGAUCUACAUCGAUCCUUUUACAUAUGAGGACCCCAAUGAGGCUGUACGCGAGUUCGCAAAAGAAAUAGACGUGUCCUGUGUGAAGAUCGAACAAGUUAUUGGUGCAGGUGAGUUUGGAGAGGUUUGUAGUGGGAUUCUCAGACUUCCUGGGAAGAGGGAGAUUCUGGCGGCCAUUAAGACUCUGAAAUCUGGGUAUACUGACAAACAGCGACGGGACUUUCUGAGUGAAGCUAGCAUCAUGGGACAGUUUGACCAUCCCAACAUCAUUCACCUGGAAGGAGUGGUGACCAAGAGCACCCCGGUUAUGAUCAUAACGGAAUUUAUGGAGAACGGAUCCCUGGACUCAUUCCUUCGACAAAAUGAUGGCCAGUUCACAGUAAUUCAAUUGGUUGGCAUGCUGCGUGGCAUCGCAGCUGGCAUGAAGUAUCUCUGCGACAUGAAUUAUGUACAUCGCGAUCUGGCUGCCCGCAACAUCCUGGUUAACAGCAAUCUAGUCUGCAAAGUAUCCGACUUCGGGCUUUCCCGCUUUGUGGAAGAUGACACAUCUGAUCCCACAUACACAAGCGCUCUGGGAGGGAAAAUUCCAAUACGAUGGACAGCUCCCGAAGCCAUUCAGUACAGGAAGUUCACCUCCUCCAGUGAUGUGUGGAGCUAUGGCAUUGUGAUGUGGGAGGUCAUGUCAUAUGGAGAGAGGCCGUAUUGGGACAUGAGCAAUCAAGACGUCAUAAAUGCAAUCGAUCAGGAUUAUAGAUUACCUUCUCCUAUGGACUGUCCUAAUGCUCUACAUCAGCUAAUGCUGGACUGCUGGCAGAAAGAUAGAAACAACCGUCCCAAAUUCAGUCAGAUUGUGAACACUCUGGAUAAAAUGAUCCGUAAUCCCGGGAGCCUGAAGGCCACCACCCCAUUGUCUUCAGGUAUACAUCUACCUCUGCUGGACCGCAGCACACCGGACUUCUCCAGCUUCAGCACAGUGGAUGAGUGGCUUGAUGCUAUUAAAAUGGGCCAGUACAAGGAGAACUUUGCCAACGAAAACCUCGCCACCUUUGAAGAUGUAUCUCAAAUGACCAUGGAGGAUAUCCUGAGGGUGGGAGUGACAUUAGCCGGCCACCAGAAGAAGAUUCUUAACAGCAUUCAGAUGAUGCGGGCCCAAAUGAACCAGAUCCAGUCUGUGGAGGUUUGACUCUUCUGAGCGGAGGUUGGGACCAGUCUGUGCGUACGGGACCCUCGAACCAGUUCUCCUCAGAAAGACACUCCAUGUGUCCAGCAGUAGUCUCUUUCUCUGGGGAGGAUCAAGAACAGGUUCCCAAAAGGGAAAGAAACAUUCCCACAAAGCCUUCUUGCACAUCGUGUUCUCAGUAAACCACCAGCACACUAUAAGCAAGCUUUCCAAGUCUUUCCAAAUGCCAGUUUUUCUGAGAAAUGUCAUUCUGGCUGUAUUUACAUGCAGGUCUGUAUCCCAGUAUUAUCUGUUAGUUCAGUUUCAUAUAAGGUGCACCGUUUCGUAUUCAACAUAUGACAUGUGAAGUUUUUUUAGUUGUUUGCUUAAUGCCAAUAAUUUUUCCACAAAGUGUUCUAUGUAAACUGCUUUUCAUCAUUUAUUAAUCUAUUAUUUACUAAGAAUUUAAAUGGAUAGUUGGCCAAAAAAAAAAUCUGUCAUCAUUUGCUCACCAUGAAGGUUUUCAAAACAUAUAUUCAUUUUUUUGGUAUGUUAAACACAAAAGAAGAUGUUUGAAAGAAUGUAGAAAACCAUUAAAUUCUGGGGCACUAUUGCCUACCAUUGUUUUUUUCUCUACCAAGGUAGUCAAUAGUGCCCCAGAACUGUUUGGUUACAAACAUUCAUCCAAAUAUCGUUCUCGUUGUUCAAGAUUUAUAUAGAUUUAAAACAACUUCUGGGUGAGUUAAUGAUGACAAAAUUGUCUGUAAAACAACAGCCACAUCAAAAACUCUAUCAAGUCACCUGUCGAGAAAAGUGCACCUAUUAUACUAUAAAUAGCAUAGUGAAACAAAAUAGAAGAUAUUUUGAGAUGUUCAGUGAUUUUAUGUCCAAACAGUGGAAGUCAAUGGGAGAUAAUGUUGUUAACAUACUUCAAAAUAUCUUCUUUUUUGUUCUGCAGAAGAAAGAAAGUCAUACCUGUUUGAAAAGACAUGAGAGUGAGUAAAUGAUAAAAGAAUUAACAUUUUUGGCUGAACUAUUCCUUUAAAAUUCCUAAAUCUUUAUGGGAUUUUACAUGAGUAAACUCAUGCAGAAUAACAGGGAUGAAUGAGGCAUGUAAAUGUAGCCACUAUCAUGCAUUAUUUCAUUUUUCUUAUUAUUUUUAUGAUUUGUGGGAGAAUCUGUCUGUGAAAAUUGACAGGCUGCCCUUAAAUUAACCUUGCGAAGUUCCAAAAUUACAUUUAGGGCAUUAUUUCCUUUUUUUACAUAGUUGGAAACUAUGCCACAUUCGUAACUUAAAUGCGAUUUGUUACCCGGAUGAAAAUACAAAUGUCCCUGUGUGCAUUUGAAAUGAACUGUGAACUAACACCACAGAUGAAAGGAAAAUCAAUUAUGCAUGUGUGAAACUCAUGUAUGAUGAGAAAUGAUCCUUCUAAAGGAUCUUGAGCUGGCAGUACAAGCCAGUAUGAAGACUAUUCAGCUAUUGUUAGACCAAUACUGGUUCAGUUUGUGCUUUUGUAUAAAAUAUUGUGAUAUUUUUUAUUUUCGUCAUGAGGUUUAUUUAUUUGUACUGUUUAACAUCAUUUCAUUGCAGUUUCUUAUGUAAUCCCUUAGUGCAGUGUUGUACUGCAGUUCAUUUGUUCUUGACAUGCGCGUAUAUCAGAGGUCAUAUUCUGAUCUCCCAGAGCCGGCCGACAGAACUUCACAAUGAUGCAGACCGGAUUUCACUUUGAUGUUGUUCUAUCCCACUGUGUAUCUUAGUUAGAAGAUGAAUAUUGCUUUUCAUUUUUCAACAUAUCUUUUUGGUCGUACCUCACUGUUUUUCUUUACAUUUUGAUCGUUUCUUGUAUUUAUAUAUAUCUGUAUGUAUUCAUACAUACAUAUAGAUAUAACAAUAAUUAUGUAAAUAUUUAAAUACUUGCUUCACACACAAAAGGCAGCUUAUGAAACUAAAGAAUGGGUUAUAACGAACAACAUUAAGCAGGCUUAAAACACAUGAAGGAACAUUUUAAGAUGUGUUUUCGAUUUGGUUUAAUACCAAGAUGUUCCCGUAUCAAUAUAGUUUUUCCAGUUUUAACUGAAUUUCAGUGUGGCGUGGUAAAGCUUAUUUUGACAGUAUGAACUCAAUUGUGACCAUUUGAACAGACCUCACUGUUUACAUUGCUUGGAAUUUAAUUUUUUACAAAUUAACACGUUUUAUAACACAUUUUUAACACAUUCAGCAUUGUUGUCAAGUACUUUACAGAACACACAUUUGCUUGUUUGUUGUUUUCUGUAUAUACAGUAAAUUGCAACACAUUUGUGCCCCAAAUUCGAUGACACGUUGACACUUUAACACUGUGACAACAUCUCUCUCAAAGUGAAUGUGCUUCCCUUUAGCUUGUUGACUGGUCUUCCACAUCAAAACUCUUGUCCACAUGUUCUUAUACGUUUAAUUCAUGUGUUUUGUUUAAAUCUUUCUCUCUCAACACUAACAUUUGACAGACUUGCAUUAUUCCUCUCGGAUCACAUUAUUUUAGUGUGAUCUGGUUUCACUCUGUUUGAAACAAUCAACUGUGUUUUGGCUUUCUAAAACUUUGCUCAAACUAACAACUUUCAUUACGUGCCACAGAACACUGUAUAGACGGAAAGAUCCGUCUCUGCAUUCCGUGUUAUAAUUUGACCUAAAUUGUGCAUCUUUUAAAAGUGCUGGGCAGCUAUUUUUAUGUGAAUCAUAAAACAAAGAAUCAUUUCUUAUUCUUGUUUUUAUUGAAUUUACAGCAUUGAAAUCAAAUAGCCCUGCAUCAUAGACAUCACCAAAAGGGAAUUAACACAAAAAUAACCUAAAGCUGUUUUAUUUUCAUUAUGUGGUUUGUGGUGUUUUAAAGUGUUUUUACCGCAGUGCAUAGAGAUUGGUAAUCAAAAGGUUGUAUGAAAAAAUGUAAAUAUGUUAAUAUAUGUAUAUAUAAAAAACUCAUGUAUAUCCUAUUUCUUUGUUUUGUUAUCAUACAUAUUUUAAUUGUACUCCGUCAGAUCAUUCUUUCUCAUCCAGCCCUAUAGUCGAUGAAGAGAUUUGUUGUGCUAUCAAUAUAUGACUGUGGAAUGGGCCAUGCACACACACACAAUGUUCUGCACACACUUUUAUCAGUGUAAAUCCGUCAUACGUACACACGUAUCACCACUGUCCGCCAUGACCACUGUGAGUCAAGCAGGAGUCUCUGGAUUUUGUAUUAAUGUACCUUUACUGUAACCCUGUGAAUGAUUUUACAGUUGACUAAUUUGUAGUAAUGCAAUUGGUUUAUUUUCUAUGACAGGACAUUUAUGACAUGAGAUGUUUUUCUUCAAUAAAAUACGAAGCAAGGGGCAGUGCCAUAACCAUGGUUACUGUAUUUUUUUAAUUUUACAAACAUUGUCACUUAAAUAAUCACUCUAGUAGGUUAUUAAAGCAUUUUGACGAGUUUAAUUUCCUUGAUAAAUUGAAGAGAUGGAUCACAGGCGGAGAUGUUUUACUCGCCUGGGCCAGCUGGACGAGUCCAGGAUUCAGAGUGUAUGCAGUAAGCAUUGUGAUUCUACAGUUGAAGUUUCCUCAAGUGUCCAAUAGAGGACGCCAUCAGCUUGAGCCUUUGCGCCCUCGGCUGCUGCUUUCAGGUCUGGAGAUCUCCGCAGUGUCACUUCCACAUCUGCCAAGUUUCAGACCCUCCAGACCUGUUCAACCGCGUCCACCAAAGGGAGCGCCGAGCAGACCCCUUAAGACUGAAGUAUGUGCC